CCCACUUACCUAACACCACAAACAGUCUCACCAACUUAACACCAAUUUUAUACCCUAUUAUCUCAACUAUAACCUUAAAAUUUGAUACAUUUUCAUUAAUCAUGAACAUUUAGUCUACGAAUUAUGUUUAAACAAAUAUUGUUUUCUGCUUCAAGAGUUACUCUAGCCGCUAGAGCAACCUCAGUUUGUUCAAUUCAAAAUGUGAUCAAACAAAAUGUCACUCAACCAUUAUUAAUCAGAAAUUUCACAUCUUUAUUAACUAACCAAAGUCCAAUUAUUGCUCCUAAUAUUCUUUUCGAAAAAUCGAAAUUACAAACUAUAAACACACCUAUAAGAACAGUGACAAAAUUCUCGUAUAGAAAAGGAAAAAGAAAAUCCGUCAAGACCGUAUUAAGAAGAUUCUAUCGUUUACAUUGGGGUGCAUGGAUAAGAACCAAAUGUGGUAGAAAUAAAAAGCUGUGGAAAAAGAGUCCUCCAAGAAAACGUAGAUUGAGACAACACGUUUUCUGUAAUGCCUCCCAAAGUUAUAAAUUAGAUAAAAUGGUGGGACCUUUCUGGAGGAAACGACGGUAUUACAUCGAUGAUCCGUACGAUCCUUAUCAUUCAAGAGAAGAAUGGGCGUUUACCCGGACUAAACCCAGACCAUACAUCCCUCCAGAGGAAAGAAUUCAGUAAUUGAGUAAAUAUAAAGUUGUUUCUCAUUUU